AUCAUACAGUGUAAUACAGCAGAGAAGUCUGAGGUUCUACACUUUGUACUAUAAAGAUGAAGAACGCUGACGGCGAUAACGUGAAAGUGACUCUCGAAGAGAUCGAAGGUACCGACAAUGUAGGAGCUACGGUUGGCCGAGAAAGUGCAUCAGAGAUGCUGCCGGAGCACGAGGCCCAUGUAUACGACAAGGACUCAAUCGAUGCAUCCGUCAUUCCACUCUGGAGAGAGUGUAUGGGUGAGCUUAUGGGAACAGCCACUUUGCUUGCCUUCGGCAACGGUGUUGUGGCCCAAUAUGUCAUCUCCGAGGGUGGGGCUGGUUCGUAUCUGGCGAUUGCAUUCACGUGGGGAUUCGCUGUGACCGCUGGUAUCUACGUAUCCAAGGGCAAUUGCCCAUCGCAUCUCAACCCUGCGGUAACGCUAUCGUUCGCACUCUUCCGUGGAUUUGAAUGGUGGAAGGCACCCUUCUACAUGCUUUCUCAGUUAAUUGGUGCUAUGAUCGGUGCGUUCCUUGUUUGGACUGUGUACUUCCCCGGAAAGGAUGAUUCCUUCUACGUCCAAGGCACUGCUGGUAUCUUCGCUACCUACCCAGGCGGAGGUGCAUCCAAUCUGCUGUGUUUCUGGACGGAGAUUGUUGGUACAGCCAUGCUUAUGUUCGGUAUCUUCGUAGUCGGUGAGGGCAGAUCAAAUGAACCAACUAUGCCAGGCCAUCUUGGACCUAUCAUGGUAGGAGGUAUUGUCGUAUUGAUUGGAAUGGCCUUCGGACUCAAUUCCGGAUAUGCCAUCAACCCAGCGCGUGAUUUCGGUCCCCGUCUCGUCACCAUGAUCUGUGGGUGGGGUACCGGACCGUUCACUUGGUCCGAUUAUUACUUCUGGAUUCCCAUUGUUGGACCUUUCAUUGGAGGUCCUCUUGGUUGCUUAAUAUACGAGGCGACUCUUGGCUGGCACUAUCCCAAACCGAACAAGUAUAACUAAAUUCAAAAUUGGUAUGAUUCCGUGGUGUCAAUCACACAAGACGAGCUGUACUAGACUGUAGUUGGCCACGAUAAUUCGCAAAGAAAGAACAAGGAGAGAAGGUAAAUCAAACUUUCUUCAAGUUAUGUUAUGCCGAAGGGCUGAUAUAAAAAAUAGUAGUGUCUUGAAAGACAAAUAAAUAUUUAAUACCCAACAUUCGCAGUCGUUUUGAUGUUGUAGGUAUGUCAG